GUGCUGGCGGACUCGCGGUUCUUCUUGGUGUGCAUGUGCUUCCUGACCUUCAUCCAGUCCCUCAUGGUCUCCGGCUACCUGAGCAGCGUCAUCACCACCAUCGAGCGGAGAUACAGCCUCAAGAGCUCGGAGUCGGGGCUGCUGGUCAGCUGCUUCGACAUCGGGAGCCUGGUGGUGGUGGUCUUCAUCAGCUACUUCGGGGGACGCGGACGGAGGCCGCUCUGGCUGGCUGUAGGGGGGUUUUUCAUCGCCCUGGGGGCUGCGCUCUUCUCCUUACCUCAUUUCAUCUCUCCGCCGUACCAGAUCCAGGAAUUGAACUCCUCCGUCAGUAACGAGGGCUUGUGCGUGACUGGCAAUGGCACCGCCAAAGAGCAGUGGGACUCGCCGGCCUGUGUCAAGGACUCCGGUGGAAACGACCACUCUCUCUAUGUAGCUUUAUUCAUUUGUGCCCAAAUCCUCAUUGGCAUGGGCUCCACACCCAUCUAUACCUUGGGACCAACCUACCUAGAUGACAAUGUCAAGAAAGAAAACGCCUCGCUUUACCUAGCCAUCAUGUACGUAAUGGGAGCGCUUGGUCCUGCAGCUGGAUACUUGCUAGGAGGACUUCUCAUUGGUUUCUAUGUUGAUCCUCGGACAACUGUUUAUAUUGACCAGAGUGAUCCCCGAUUCAUUGGAAACUGGUGGAGUGGAUUUCUCCUUUGUGCCAUUGCAAUGCUCCUUGUGAUAUUUCCCAUGUUUACCUUUCCGAAAAAGCUCCCUCCUCGACAUAAAAAGAAGAAAAAAAAAAAGAAGAUGAACUCUGAUGAUGUUUCAAGUGAUGAUGAAGUAAUGAAAGAGAAAUCAAAUAGCAAAAUACAAGCAGACAGUGCAGUUCCUGCCUCUAUGGGAUUUGGAAAGAAUGUUAAAGAGCUUCCAAGAGCAGCUGUCAGGAUCUUAAGCAACAUGACAUUCCUUUUUGUGAGUUUGUCAUACACAGCUGAGAGUGCCAUUGUCACAGCUUUUAUUACCUUCAUUCCCAAGUUCAUCGAGUCACAGUUUGGCAUCCCAGCUUCCAAUGCCAGCAUCUACACUGGUGUGAUUAUUGUACCAAGUGCUGGUGUUGGUAUUGUCCUAGGUGGCUACAUUAUAAAAAAGCUGAAACUCGGUGCGAGAGAGUCUGCAAAGUUGGCUAUGAUCUGCAGUGGUGUGUCUCUGCUCUGCUUUUCAACUCUCUUCAUUGUUGGAUGUGAGAGCAUUAAUCUAGGGGGAAUAAAUAUACCUUACACGACUGGUCCCACUCUUGCCAUGGCCCACAGGAAUCUGACUGGGAGCUGUAAUGUUAACUGUGGAUGUAAGAUUCAUGAGUACGAACCUGUCUGUGGAUCAGAUGGAAUAACGUAUUUUAAUCCUUGCCUAGCUGGCUGCAUCAAUGGUGGAAACCAUAGCACAGGGGUAAGAAAUUACACAGAAUGUGCCUGUGUCCAGAGUCGCCAGGUGAUCACUCCACCGACGGUGGGCCAGCGCAGUCAGCUCCGGCUGGUGAUUGUCAAAACCUACCUGAAUGAGAAUGGCUAUGCUGUUUCUGGGAAGUGUGAUCGAACCUGCAACACGCUUAUCCCAUUCCUGAUAUUUCUCUUCAUUGUUACCCUUAUAACAGCGUGCGCCCAGCCGUCAGCAAUCAUAGUGACACUCAGGUCUGUGGAAGAUGGGGAGCGGCCCUUUGCACUAGGAAUGCAGUUUGUUUUAUUACGAACUCUUGCUUACAUUCCCACCCCAAUUUAUUUUGGGGCUGUUAUUGACACCACGUGCAUGCUUUGGCAACAGGAUUGCGGCGUACAGGGCUCUUGUUGGGAGUACGAUGUCACCUCCUUUCGCUUUGUCUACUUCGGGUUGGCAGCUGCUCUCAAGUUUGUGGGAUUCUUUUUUAUUUUCCUGGCCUGGUAUUCCAUUAAGUGUAAAGAAGAGCAACUGCAGAGACGGAGAUGGGGGGCUUCACCGGUGAACACUGUGAGUGAGAUGGUUGGCCAAGCUGGACCCCAACAAAACUAUGCACGGACUAGAUCCUGCCCUACCUUCAGUUCCCGAGGAGACAUCAGUAUGGCACAAGGAAUGAACUGCGUAGCACAGACAUACCCCGGCCCUUUUUCAGAAGCAAUAAAUUCCUCAAAUGAAAAUGCGUUGGAAGAAGUUACUGCUGAGAUAUAGACCCCUGGCUUGGUAAUGUAAUGCUUAGUUUUGUUGGUUGACUUAAUUAUGGCGCCUUGUAAAACACCUGUGCCUUCUAUUUUUAAUCUAAAUGUAACACAUGAUAAAACCAACAAAGCUUAAUGCAAACAACCAUAGUCUGUUCCUGAGGGCUGGAUACCUCAAACCAACCCAAGUUCUUAUU